UCCGGUUAAUUUACUCGACGCCUCUCUCGCUUGCUAGUUCCUUGCAUCGCAGCGCCGUAGAGAGGGAGGGUUCGGGGGGAGAGAUAGGAGAGAUGGAGAAAGGGGCAAGCCGAGCGCGGCAGAACGCGAUGAGGUCCGGGCUGGUGGUGGUGGGGGCCAUAGCGUUCGGCUACCUCUCUUUCCAGGUGGGCUUCAAGCCCUUCGUCGACCGGGCUCAGGAGGCCAUGGACAGAACCCUCCCCGUCGACCGUGAAGCCGGCCAACAAGAAGAACGUUGGCCGCCGCCUUCCGAUACUACCAACUCCCUCUCCCAAGAUGAUGAAGAUUUAGGGAGAUCUUGAAGUUAAUAUUCAUGUCAAGUCAAGCAACUCUCCUUGCGCAUGUUUUUCAUUUCAGUUCUUUUGUGAGCAAAGUUCUCGUUUAGGAUUAUAAGAUGUAAUCCAAAAGCAACGGCUGCAGCCAUGCCUGUGGCUUGUCAUAUUUUGGCAUGAGCUUGAAGUGCUUUUGAACAAAAUGGAAGAACAUCAAAAGGCAAAAAACAGUUGUCCUGUUUGACCCACUUUCUUACGAGUGAUGGCCAGGUGUUAAUGAA